ACCGGCGUGCCAAACCGCGUCGCUUCACAUCGUGAGAUAGAGCGGGACCUCGAGCCGUAUGCAAAUAACCCUCAAGAGCUGAGACCCGUCCGGCGAUAAAGAACGAAGAGGAGACCAAACAAUUUCUCUUUCUUUCGUCCCCACUCCCUCCCCCUGUGAUUUGAACGCUCUCGAUCUCUCCUCUUCCUACCCUCAGGGUCCCAAACCCCAAGGUGGAUUCUUUUUUAAUCGCAAAGGGGCACGGAAAUGGAUCACCAGUACAGUGGGGGAAGCUGGAUGAUGGUCCCGAGCCAAACCUCCAUGGGCCAAGAUCUCCGCUCUCUCCAACCCCAAUACCCCCAACAGCAGCCGCAACAACAGCAGCAGCACCAUCACCACCCGUCGCUGGCCUCGCACUUCCAUCUCCUUCACUUAGUGGAAAGGUUAGCAGAGGCACUUGAAAGUGGAACUCGCGAUCAGCAUUUUGAUGCACUGGUUAGCGAAUUGACCACCCAGUUUGAAAGAUGCCAGCGAUUAUUAAACUCUAUUUCAGACACCAUCAAUACAAAGGGCGUGACAGUUGAAGGACAAAAGCGUAAAUCUGAGGAAACUAUGCAACAGCUGAACCAAAGGAGCAGGGACCUUAUCGCUAAAUAUGGAAGUUCUGUGGAAGAUCUGGUUAAGUCAGAUGACAAUAGAUGAUUUUAAUUCAUUUAUUAUCUUUGCUACCGCCAGGAAGCUUGUAACCAUUCCUGAGAUUGUAAAUCUUUGUGCCUUGAAUUCUUAUUAACAAACCGCCAUCUCGUGACUUAUUUUUUAGUGAUUAGUUUCUAUGGACUUAAGUUAUUUGAUCAUAUGAGCUUUUGAUAUCCUCUUCUGGU